CCAUAUGUCCCAAAGUUGCCUCGCUCGAGCUUCCUACCUUCGGUUGGGAGUUUCCUAGGCGAGCUACUUGACAGCCAAUCCCGAUCUUCUACCCAACCAAUCUUCCUACCGUUGAACUACUUGGCACGCGGGUUACGCAUUAGAACUUGCAGCUGGCUUGAAGGUUUCCCGGUUUCGUAGAAAGACCGCUUUAGCUUGCAGACCACUGAACUGACGCCUAACCCUAAACUUUUCACCCUCGGUACUUUUCCUGACGAAGGUGAUUUUUGUUAAGGUGCUCUCAAAAAUCGCUUUAGCUUGCAGACCACUGAACUGAUCGACUCAAAAGCGACUCUCACGCCUGACCCUAAACUUUUCACCCUCGGUACUUUUCCUGACGAAAGCGAUGAAGGUUAAGGUGCUCUCGCGAUCCGAGGAGCAGUUUACUCGCGAGCGAUGCCAGGACGUGCAAAAAGUGCAUCGCAACCUCGACCCGGCGCUGCACCCCUUAGAGAAGGCCAAGGAGUACCAGCGCGCGCUCAACGCAGUCAAGCUCGACAAGGUCUUCGCCAAGCCGUUCAUGGGCGCGCUCGGGUCGCACGCGGACGGCGUCUCCGCCAUGGCGCGCAGCCCCACGCGCCUCAACUGCGUCGUAUCCGCCUCCAUGGACGGAGACGUGCGUCUAUGGGACGUCCCUUACAAGCGCACGCUGUGCCGGUUCACCGGGCACAGCAGAGCAGUGAGGGGGGUGGCCAUAUCAGCCGAUGGCGACACCAUGCUCUCAUGUGGGGACGACUGCACAGUGCGGUUGUGGCAGCUGCCAGCGCCAGAGAUAAAGGAGUUGGUGGUGGAGGGAGGGGAGGAGGAGCACGAGGCUGUUGCCACCUUCCAGGGAAAAAACGCCUUCAGAGCAGUGGAUCAUAAAUGGAAGGGGCGCGUGUUUGCAACGGCAGGAGCACAGGUGGACGUGUGGGAGCACUCUCGCUCCGACCCCAUUUCCACGUUCACAUGGGGCGCUGACUCCGUGUACUCUGUGCGAUUUAACCCCGCCGAGCCUGAAGUGUUUGCCACCACUGGCAGUGAUCGGAGCAUAUGCCUGUAUGACCUCCGCAUGUCCACCCCCCUGAGAAAAGUGAUUAUGCAGACCAAGACCAACUCCCUGGCAUGGAACCCACGAGAGCCGCUCAAUUUUACUGCUGCCAACGAGAAUGGCAGCUGCUACUCGUACGACAUGCGCAACCUCAGCACGGCAUCGCUUGUGCACAAGGACCAUGUGUCCGCUGUCAUGGACAUCGACUACUCGCCCACGGGCCGGGAGUUUGUGACGGGGUCGUACGAUCGCACGGUGCGCAUAUUCCCGUUCGACGGCAUCAAGAGCCGCGAGGUCUACCACACCAAGCGCAUGCAGCGAGUGUUCUGUGUGCGCUUCAGCGGAGACGGCUCGUACGUGCUGUCUGGCAGUGACGACGCCAACAUCCGCCUGUGGAAGGCGCAGGCGUCGCAACAGCUGGGCGUGCAGGUGAAGCGCGAGAAGCGCCGCGCCGAGUACAACGCGGCCCUGGUGGAGCGGCACCAGCACCUGCCAGAGAUCCGCCGCAUCCACAAGCACCGGCAUGUGCCCCGGCCCAUUCACAAUGCCAUCAAGCUGCGAGCCACCAUGGUGGCAGCCGAGAAGCGUAAGGAGGAGAACAGACAACGGUUCAAGAAGAAGAGCAAGGGGGUCACGAAGAAGAACGAAGAUAAGAAAAAGAGCGAGCGCCGGAAUAAGAUCAUUGCUGAGCUGGAGUAGGUGCAUUGGCGGAUUUGUUAUGAUCCACAUGUCUAUGUCUUGAUUUCAUUCAUCCUUUUCAGCUGCAUAUUAAAAUUAUCGCGUGUACCGGAGCAGUCUAUAAGAGCUAUGACCAUCCCCAAU